AUGGCGCAGCAAGUGCAGCAAGUUUUCAAGGUCGCUCUAGCCAAAACGGCUGGCCAAAGGGCGAUGUCUACCAGCGGUGUCAUCGGUACGUUGGACGGUUCUGCUACUCCGGUUACAAAGAAAUGCGCAACGCAAUCGUCCGGGCUGCACAUGUCCGUCCAGCGCAGCUAUCCCCUGGCGGCCACACUUCCGCUGCCACCGAACAUUGAUGCAUCGGAAACGCGACGCUUUUCGCCGUUGCGUUCGCGUGACAUCAAUGCUUCGGCGCUGCUAACGCACCAAUCGGCAGCACCGGUCGAUGUGAGCGCUGUGCCAGCAGUCGGGAUGAUCGAUGUGACGGUGGACAUGAGUGGUGGACUGGUCGAUCCGCACGUCGCCUCGUACGAUUGUACCGGUGCCGUCAGCCUCAACUCGUCCAUGCAAAGCAACGUACCGAGCCCGUUCGGGGGUAUGCACAAGUUCACGCAUCUGAACAUGCCGGGCGGUGCGUGGGCACAGGAAAGCAAGUUCCUGUCGCACGAGCUCAACUCCUCGCACUACACCAACCUGCGGCAGGAGGUGCGCUCCGACUGGAGCAGCUACGAGGACCGUCCGAUCAAGCCGGAAGGUAGGAAGAUGGUGGGUUUGUCGCGUACAGGCUGCUGGUCAAAGGGCGAACCUUUUAGGUCGUUUUCGAUGUUUACAAUGAUGCCAGGUAGACAGGGCGCCGAUUGUGGUGCGUUAGGUAUAAGGCAGCGGGCCUUCUCGCUAUGCUCAACACACUUAUUGGCAUGUACUUCCGCGACGCUUAAUAAUAAAUCCUCGCAAGCUAACACCACCGCUACUGCAGGAGAACCAAAUUCAAAAGGUAAUUCCGUGUCUAGUGAGGGACAGGUCUCCGUCUCGCGCAAAGAUCGGCUAAAGAAAGCUAUCAAGGAGUACGGCUCUACCGUGCUCGUGUUCCACGUGAGCAUUAGUCUCGUUUCACUGGGUACCUGCUAUCUACUGGUAUCGAGCGGAAUAGAUAUCGUCUCGCUAUUGGAUCGCAUGGGCUGGGGUGAUUCGGCGCUCGCCAGCAAGGCUGGUGCCGGUGCCGGCACAUUCGUCAUCGCUUACGCCAUCCAUAAGGUGUUCGCUCCGGUUAGAAUUAGCAUUACCCUUGGUGCAACGCCGCUUAUCGUACGGUAUCUUCGCCGGAAGGGCAUCCUGAAGCCGCCAGCGCCAUCAGUAUCGUCCUCUGGAUCAUCAACGCCGCCGGAGAAAUCCUAG